AUGUUCACAUUUUUAUUGUUUAUUGCAUUUACUACUGCAACUAAUAUUAUUCUUGAUAUUGACCAAGAGGUAAAAGAUACUAAGAUUUACAGUGUAUUUUUAAAGAACGAAGCUAGUCCUGAAAAACUUGAAGAAAAUAAAGAAGAUGAAGAAAAAGAAAAAAGUAGUUCAUCAAACACAGGUGAUGAACCAGACAAUAAUUCAGAAGCAAAAUCAGAUGAUGAACCAGAAGCAAGUUCAAACGAUAAGUCAGAUGAUAAAGUAGAAGCAAGUUCAAGUGAUAAACCAGAAGCAAGUUCAAGUGAUAAACCAGAUAAUAAACCAGAAGCAAGUUCAAGUGAUAAACCAGAAGCAAGCUCAAGUGAUAAGCCAGAAGCAAGUUCAAGUGAUAAACCAGAUAAUAAACCAGAAGAAAGUUCAAGUGAUAAGCCAGAUAAUAAACCAGAAGCAAGUUCAAGUGAUAAACCAGAAGCAAGUUCAAGUGAUAAACCAGAUAAUAAACCAGAAGCAAGCUCAAGUGAUAAACCAGAUAAUAAACCAGAAGCAAGCUCAAGUGAUAAACCAGAUAAUAAACCAGAAGCAAGUUCAAGUGAUAAACCAGAUAAUAAACCAGAAGCAAGCUCAGCUACUAAUUCAAAUGAUAAUUCAGAAAGUAGUUCAGAUGAUCAUAAUAACCUUGAUGCAGCAUCAAGUCCAUUCAUUAUUCUCUUUGCUUUCAUUAUGGCUAUUGUCUUCUAA